UAAACCCCACCUUGAUAAGCGCCCUGUUUUUCUGGCUUUCCGCCGCACGAAACCCGAUUGCAAGCGAAUCCCCUCUCCUUGAUCUCAGCAAUGGCGAACGACUGGGUCAUCUGGGCCAGCGGCGGGUGGAUCAACCGGCUCCUCGCGGAGGACUUCUCCGCCGGCUGCAAGGAGGACCGCUUCUGCGUGCCCUGCGCCGCCGCCUUCUGCAACCACUGCUGCGGCGCGCACCACCGCGGCCAGGGCCACGAGGUCGUCGUCCGCGCCGAAGCGGAACCCGGCGCGGCGCAGGGCCACUCCGGCAGCAGCAGCAGGGACUCGUUCUGCGUGAUCUGCGCCGCGGGCUUCUCCGCCGCGCUGUGCGCGCACCACAAUGGCCACGACAGCUUCCGCAUCGACGUCUGCGACGGCCGCUACUGCGCUCGCUGCACGGGCUCCGAGCCGUGGUUCCACGUGUUCGACGGUAUCGAUACUUACUAUGACGAGGAGAAGGGUCACAUACUGGUUCCACUGCAUCCUCGUCCUCGUUGUGGUGGGCGCAGCUGAGAAGGUGCUGGUUGGCCCGGCGGGCACCGGCCGGCGAGCAUGACUGCUCCGUGCUGGCUGACUAUGCUGGCAACUGGUACUUGGGCAUCAGCGAGCUGUGAGCAGCGAUAGACUUCUGGAAACUGAUCAGUUGUUUGACAAUUGCUGUCGUUCGAUUUGUUUCGUUUAGUAACUCGGUGCAUCCUACUGUAUCGUAUGCUGCUGCUCGCUUUGGGAUUCUGAAUUUUACUGCUCUACCUGCUUGAAUUUGGAUGAUGUUGUCAUUACUUCGCCGUAAUGCGGUUGGGGGGCUUUCAGUUUCAUGGUAUUCUAUGGGGGUAAGGACGGGAAGGUAAUGUCUGGUUGCUGAAUACGACGGUCUCGUACAUGUGUUUGUUCAUGCUAUGUUCGGAGAA